AUGUCGAUUAAAUCGAAAAGCCUAAGAAGAUUUACAAUUCGACUUGCCAGAGAAGAAAGCGUUUUUUAUCCCGGAGAAACAAUCUCUGGCAGGGUCACCAUAGUUUUGGUAUCGCCUAUAAAUGUUAGCAAUGUACGUUUGCGAUUUUAUGGUAGAGCUAGAGUCAGUAUUGCAAAAGCUGGUCAGGAGGAAUCGACUUAUGAUGAACAACUGUAUGUAGAUAAAUCAGCCAUUCUAUUCGGCAAAGAUAAAAUGACAAGAUCGAUUCGCGCUUCAAAAUUGAGCGAAGGUCGUUAUGAUUUUGAAUUCAAUUUUCCAUUACCAAGUAGUGGCUUACCAUCAUCAUUUGAAGAUGGAAAUGGUAGUAGUAUACGGUAUAUUAUUGAUUGCUGGAUUGAAAUACCCAAAAAGCAAACGCGAAUAGCUAGAAAAGCAGUAACCAUAUUAGAAACUAUAGAUACAAAGUUACCACAAUUUAGUGAGCCAUCUAUUCCGAUUGAGAUAGAGAAAAAAUUCGGUUGUUUUUGUAUCAAUUCGGGAAUGAUUUCGUUUGCAUGCAAACUAGCUAGAAAAUGUUACUGCCCUGGAGAGAAUGUUGUUCUUCAAUUAGACAUCGAAAAUGGCUUGCCGCAAAAUUUAACCUCCAUAAAAGUGAAACUAGUUAGAAAGUUAUACAUGCGUGCACAUGGCAAUAGUACCAUGAGUCGAAAGGAAUACAUUAGCAAAGAUCUACUUUGUCAUAUCAAUUAUCACGAUAAAUAUUCAUCUCCGAUUAAUGCCUUUGUAAUGCCAUGUAUAUCCCCCACCAAUUUAAUUUCUCGUCUUAUUCAAGUAGAAUAUUUAUUAGAGGUAAAUGUAAAUGUUAACCGAAGAUCAACGUUAGCCGUAGUAUUGCCAAUAAUAGUUGGGACUAUUUUGCCUAAUAUAAUGACAAUAGCAGAAACUAAAUUAGAUACAAGUGGUCAACCGGCAAUUGUCAUUUGCUCCCCUGUUACAGUUACCCUACCGCGUGAAUAUAGCUUCAGUAACCGAACUUCACUUAAGCAUAAUACCGUCGAGAGAAAGAUUUCCAAUAGCUCUGGAGAUACUAUUAAAAUUUCCUUAGACGAUAUGAAGAUUACAAAAUCUGAAGAAGUAGUAAAUUCAAAUUCAAAUGAAGAAGUAGUAAAAUCAAAUGAAGAAGAGAAGGAAAUUUCUAGUUUCGUCGUAGGUAAGCACGAACCAAACAUAUUCGCCAACGCGGAGGGAGAGACUGAGAGUAAUCUAGCGUCUCCUAUGGUUGGUCGUUCAGUGGUUCUCAAGAAUAAAUUGUCAUUGAAAUUGAAUGAUGCGGAUAAUACGGAUAGUACGGAGCCUUCUAACUUUGCCCCAUGCAUUGAUGGACCAAUAAGUACUGUAGAAGAAGACGAUAUCAAUUGUGUCUUCAUUGGCAAUACUCAAUUUAUUCCUCGUUAUAGUUAUGCUUGGCAGCCUGAAGUAUGA